AGUGUUGGUUCAAGAUGUUUGUCCCUCAUUCGACGGUGUUGUCGCUGUAAGCGAUACCGGUUGCUUUCUGAAUGACCGAAAGUGUGUGCGGAGAAAUGUGUCGCAAUUCAGUGGAGAUAGAGGAAGGCGCAUUACUCCAGGCUAUGUCAAGGCGCGUCAUGCAUGCCACAAGUUCCAAGCUCCGGCAAAAACCUUUCACCUUUGCGGCAAGCGGAGGCGGUUUCAAAACGAUGGUCCAGGCCAUGGCGUUUUCCCGGGCCAUCAGCAAUUGGUCGACAGUGUCGCACCUCACGUCCAAUUCAGGCGGGAAUUGGUUUGCAUCACAGUUUGUUUAUUCAGAAGGAUUUUAUUCUAAAGUACUCGACCUGAAAAUUAACAUUUCAGAGGUGGUUGCUGCGUGGGGAGCUCACUAUGAGUCAACGGUUGCAGAAGCCAUGGACGCUAACUUGGAUGUAUUCACCGUCUUCGACGCUGCGACCAGUCAUGUCCCCCCCUGCCCGCAGGCUGCAAAAUAUAUUGAAACAGUUUUAGUACCCCUCUCAGAGUCGGUUGGCCUACCAGGAGCAAAGUGGAUGCCGUUCAACGCGCUGAUCCUCGGGCACGAGAUUCCUGAUAUAACCUCUUUGCGUUACGGAGACAGAGAUAUGACUGGGCUGGCGACUGCAACACUCGUCCAGCAGACGUCCCUUCCACCCGACGUAUGGACCAGCGGAAAAGCCACUGCAAGUCUCGAGGUCACAACCAAGGAUGGACAUGCAAAAAGUGAUUUUAAUACUUCGCACGCCACGCUCCCUAUUGCGCACGUUGUGCGCCCUAGUGGCGCAGCAACAUGGUAUGCUGGGAGUAAUGUGGAAACCAUUUCCAAAGUCACAGGCAGCGGAUGGCACAAAAAGACAAGCCAUCUGCCUCUUCUGGAAACGUCAGCGCCACCCCUACUACUCGAAGUUGCAAGUGCUUCUUCUUCAUGCUACGGUGGCCUGGGUUCUCCUAUGCUGAUUGACACGCUCCUCAAGAACAAAGUAUCGACUGACCUUCGGCCCAUCCCGCCACCGUGCCUGGGUUGUGGGCCAAAGGCCUCUAGAACGGUUGGGAUGUCACGGGAGAAGACGAUCCAAGGCCCAAGGGGCACGCCGGGAGCCCCGGUAGAUUUGAGAAUUUGGGUUCCGGGCCCCUGGAGAAUUUUCAGGAUCGAGGACUGGGGCUCAUGGGACGGGGCAAAGGACCCGAGGACACGCCCACUCCGUGCACAGCCGCACAGUGGCAGAUCUUGGGCGAAACACCAAAUCGCCAAUAUGUGUUUGCCACUUGGCCUCGAAGCACAAGCAGGUCCUCUCCUGUCACCCGAGACAGACUUCGUCAAUACUUCGUCGCGAAAUUUGAUGACACCAUUGCCAUCAGAUGCUGUUGAGUUCCGUUUCCUCGAUGGAGUUUAUGCGGACGAUACAGGUGCGGCCAUGGCAUUAGCCCAGAUGCAAGCCGAUUGCCGCGCUGGAGAGCUCGAUUGCUCCGGUGAGAUGCCAUACCGUGUCCUCAUACUCGACGAUUACUCCUACGAUCCUCUGCGCAAUUUGAUGGCGGGAAGUGAAUCAGGAAAUUGUUUUAACAACACUAUAUGUCCGAGUACAGGCUUCUGGUCCCCAGCCCAUCCUUCUGCGCAAAUAUCCAAGGAGAGCUUCCCUGAAAGCGGAUGGAAGACGUAUGCGGUUGCAGAUAUUUACGACGGCGAAGGCAAAGUCACAGGGAAUGUCACCAGCAAGUAUUGGGAAGGUACUCUCACGACCGUUGACAACAAGUGGUUCGGUGUGGUAGGUGGAGACAGGGUAAGCCUUCUCUACCUCAGCUCGAACUACUUGAAUUCAGAUAUUCCGAUGAUGAUCCCAGCUUUUUCCGCUAACUCUGGUAUAGACAAGCUUCCGCGAGUCAAUGCUUCCACAUUCUUCAAAAACGUGUAUGCGCCGAUGGCUGUUUCGCAGCUUAUCGGAGGCGAGCCUGUCAUUCGCAAAUGGAUGGCAGAAGUUGGAUUGUGAUUCCAAGCCUUGACGGGUUGAGGCGCAUGUGUGCUGGAAAGUGGCCAGCACAUCUGGCAAUGCAAACAGUAUCCAAGAGCAUGCGCAUUUGGUGCGUGUGAACGAGGGCUCUCAGGCUGAGACAUAAAAUUCAAGUCUGAAUGCAUAAUGGGAGCUGGUAAAGCCAAACGACCCGAGAUUAAAUGGGGUUCUCGUUUAAGCGAACCAGGCGCAACAUGUGAUCUUCAGCGCGUUUACAUACAAUGCAGACCAGCGGGUCAGGGCCCUGGUCGAAGUGCGAGCCACAGUUAUGUCGAGCCCGCUGCGCACGCGAUAGAAUCAUCUCAACAACAAUGGCGACAACAUGAUCCCAAC